AUGGCCGGUCGCAAAUUGAAGGCGCUGUUGAACAGUGGGGAGCAGGGCGCUACCUACACUGCUACGAUCUCGAUCGCUGGCGCCACUGUGGAGCUCCCCCCCGAGCAGAGGAAGUGCUUCUCCGAUGAUAAGCAUCCUUUCACCGCGACCUCAUUCGACUUUCUCGCCUGGGAAGUGAGUGACAAGAAGGCCUCCAACGCGGGCAUGUUGCUGCUAUUGCGCUCGGACCACCUAGGGCUCGACGCGGCCUCAACCUGGAAGACUCGCUUUGUCCGCGUCUGUCACCCAACUGCCGCGGCUGAGCAUCUUGCCGCGGUGGAGAAGAUUGUCAAGUACGUGGUUCCACGGUCGCGUCUGCCUCUACUACGGGGCCGAUUCGGUCCAGUGCGACCGCGCUGGGCAGCUGGGCGAGCCGACGCGCCUCGUGGACCUGGUGAGUUUGUUAGUGUUCGCGGUACAUUUGUCCUGAUUCCUGUGGCACGCGCCCCUUGCGGUCCACUCGCAUGUGGGUUCGCGUUCGACCGAGUUCUCAACGACCUCGACGCGGUUGUUGGGCACGAGCCUGCUCCUCGCAUCGCCAAGCCGAUUGCUAGGACGCUGACCACAUUGCGGCAGGAUGCUAGACGUGCCGCUGAAGAGCUCGCGUUCAGGUCCCGGUGCGGCAUCGCGGACGGUCAUGGGGGGGAUGCCCACGGCAGUGACCGUGAGAGGUCGCACGAACAGCCAGCGGGAUCUCACGUUACCGGUCGCGACAACAUCGCUCUCAACACGGCUCUUGCGCUCGCGAACACAGAGGAGGGGGACCAGGGGAAACCGGACAUCAAGGAGGAGGGAUCGAGCUCUGACCGCGAAGAGGACGCCCAUGUGAACGCGCAGGAGGGUGGAGGUGACGAGAAUGCAGAGGAGGAGGCGGACGAGGGCGAGGGACACGGUCGCGAUCAAGACGGAGGGGAUGCCGCGGAGGAUGACCAGCGCGGUGAUUUGGAGCUCGAGGGUUCGGACGAGAUGGACGAAGAGGACGAAGAAGAGGACGAGGAAGAGGAGGAGGUGGAGGAAGUCGCGGCCACCCAUGCCGGGCGGCCAACGGGCGCGGUAGCGGGAGCAGGGAAGAGUAUUCGCGGUCUGCAGGCUGUGCUGUCCCCCCGCCCCGGGAGCGCGACCCCAUGGGGCGAGUACGCGGGCAAGAGUCCGGUCUUGGGCAAGCGGAAACACUCGGAGCUGGUGAAGAUGGCUCCUGAGAAGCUGGCCGCGGAGAUCCUCCGUUUGAACCAGCAGCUGGAAAAUCAGAAGCGCAAGCUGGACGAGGUCGCGUCCGUGGUGCCCGGUGCUGAAUUCGCGGUGGUGAUCACGCAGAAGUACGAGGAGCUCGAGGCCACGGUGGAGAAGGCGCUAACCCACGUGCAGAACACGGAGCGGGUGGUUCGCAGGGAGGCCAAGCUGGCCGCGAAGGACAGGUCGGAGAAUCGCGACAUGCGGGAGGUGCUGAAACGCGCUGCGGUCCGACUGGAAGAUUGCGCGGGAAGCAUGAAGGGGGUGGUUGUGGACUCCAUGGAGAACGCGCAGAAGAAGCUCACGGACGAGGUCGCGCGGAAGGUCGACGGCGCGUCAUCCAACAUCGCGGGUACCGCCGAGAAAGCGAUCCACACAAGUGGCGUCACCAGCUCCCUCAACAUCAUGAUCGCGAUGCUAUCCGGGCGUGCCGCACCGCAGCAGGUCCCGGUUGGACCGCAGGGGCAGGUGGUGGAGGAGGUCGCGGCGAAGGAGGGUGGGAAGACGGCCGCGGACAAGGAUGUUGGGAAGAAGGUCGCGGAGAAGGAGGCUGGGAAGAAGGUCGCGGAGAAGGAGACAGGGAAGAGGGUCGCGGACAAGGAGACAGGUAAGUGUGAGAACAGCAGGGGUGGGAAGCGGCAGAAAGGGGUCGCGAUCCAUAGCGUCGUCGACCUUCUUAAGACCAAGGGGGGAGCGGUCGUCGACCUCGCUGCAGGGCCCACCAGGGGGGCUGCUGCUGCUGCUGCUGCUGCUGGGCCACCGCCUGCGACCUCGGUUGGGGAAGCUGGUAAAGGCAAGGCCAAGGUCGAGGACGACCCGCCCGCCUCCACCACCAACCCACCCGCCAUCACCACCGCGAUUGUGCCCGCGUCAGGCAACACCGCCGCGGUCGCGCCUGGACAGCCGGGACCCAGCUCUAUCGCCCCUGCCAUCCCCCCCUCUGCAGAUGUGAAGGCGAAGAAUCAGGGCCGCAGUGGCUGUAAGCCUCCUGCUGCAGCGGUUAAGACUGGACGCGACGACGACGACGACUCGGAUGCGGACGAUGAGGUCGAGAUGGUGCUGCAGAGGUUGUGCGGGCCAGGUGACACCAGCGGCGCAGGCGGCAAGCGCAAGGGCUGUGGGAUCUGCCCUCCGCCCAGGGGUGGGGAGGGGAUGGUGGGCGAACCGUGGCUGGGGGGGAGACGUCGCUGGCUCGGACAUCACUCUCUCCAGGAGGUGCAGUACCUGACCGCGAUCGCGGUGACGUGUUACGACAAGAAGAUAGACCCCGGGCUCAAGCUGACUGCGCAGCAGAAGAGUGAAUGGGCCGAGGACAUCUCCGCGGCCGGGACGAUGUGCACCGGGCUUUUCACCACCAUGCACCUCCGCAACCUUUGCGGCAAUGUUGACAGGUACCACCACAUGUUGAAAACCUACCGCGACCUCACCCGCCGUGGGUCCCCGAUCAGCAACGCGUUAGCAUGGGCCGCCGCGGUGGGGAAGGAGGCAGCAGAUGAGGAGCCCGAUGUCACCGGCGCCCAACUUGCCGGCACGCCAGAGGAAAUGGCCCGUGGUCACGCCACGAUCGUGACCGCGGUUUUCAAGUGGGCCAAGAAGGAGAAUGCUCGCGUGCAAGCCCCUGAGGUCACACCGAAGCAGAUUGCGGAGAAGAUUGAGACCGCGGUCGUGAACCGUCUCGGUGCGCGACUUGGCGACCCCACAGUAGUCGCUAUGGUCGCGCACGAGGCAGUAGACGUGCUGAUGACCUGGUGCGACUGCAAGAUCACGGCCAAGGCGAUGGAGGCCAACGGGCUCUACCUCGCUUUGCCGGAGAAGCGGCUGUCCGCGAAGAAGAGGUCCGGGUGA